UUAUUUCUUCUUCACCGCCGUGAAGUUUUGUCUUAGAUAUUCUGAUUUUUCUUCGGAGCCUCUUCUUUGUGUUGUCACGAAUUCAAUUUUCUCAGUUGGUUUUGCUUGCUAGUUUUAGACAUUAUUCAUUGGUGUUGCUAAUCCGCCAUGAAUUCGCUAAAGAAAGCGGCAGUUCUUUAUCAUUAUCCAUGUCCGGAUGGAGCGUUUGCGGCCUUAGCAGCUCAUCUCUACUUCUCCGCCGCUUCCUUGCCGGUCGCCUUCUUUCCCAACCCUGUUUACGAUCCCAUCAGGGUUGAGAGCCUUCCGUUGGAUGAACUCAGUGACAUUUACCUUCUUGAUUUCAUUGGGGCUUCUGGUUUUGUUGCAGAAGUUUCAUCAAAAGUUGACAGUGUCACAAUAUUGGAUCACCAUAAGACAGCUUUGGAUACUAUAUCUGGAAAUGUAUUUGCUUUGAGAAAUGUGUUUAAUGUCAUAGAUGUGGAUAGAAGUGGGGCUACAAUUGCAUAUGAUUAUUUUAAUGAGAAACUUAUAAGAAGAGGUAUUUCAUUGGGGAAUCAUGGCGGAGUAUGUAAUGGUAAAUUCUUGCCAGAAAACAAGGUUGAAAAGGUUCAAAGGCUUUUCAAGUUUAUUGAAGAUGGAGAUCUUUGGAGAUGGGAACUUCCUCAUAGUAAAGCUUUCAGCAGUGGUCUAGCAGAUAUGAAAAUUGAGUACAAUGUCAAUGUUAAUUCGUCUUUAUUUGAUCUGUUAAUGGGUUUAGAUCCCGAACUUGUCAUCAGCCAUGGCAAAGAGACUCUUGCACACAAACAAAAGUUAAUAGAUUCAGCUCUUGAUCAGUCCUAUGAAAUUGCGCUGGGAUGUGGACUGUUUGGUCAUUGCCUGGCAGUAGAUGCAGAUUUCAUUUCAGAAUUGAGGAGUGAGCUUGGACACCAGCUAGCUAACAAGAGUCGCAAUUUAAAUCUCAGGAGCAUUGGAGCAGUCGUUUAUAAAGUUCCUGAACUAAAAAAUGACCAGCUGCUGAAAAUAAGCCUCCGAAGCAUAGAGUUGGAGGACACAACAGCCAUAUCCAAGGAAUAUGGAGGGGGAGGGCAUCGUAAAGCAAGCUCUUUCAUUUUGAGUGCUCAUGAGUUCUCGAAGUGGAAGGUUUGAGUAUUUUUUUCCAUGGUUCCAAGCUUAUCACUGGCCCCUUGAUCCCUUGAUGCUUUAAGAAGUUGUUUUCGUCCGGGAAGAUGAUGCA